AUGGCGCUGCCCACGGUCAAUGUGGAAGAUGUGAGAAAAGCUUUGAGUAAUAAUCUGUCAAUGUUGGGGUUUGAAGUUUAUCCACUGAAGAUUGGCUGGUACAAUGUAGUCCUGCCCCCCUCUCUCCAUCUGUCCUACCCUGAUGACACCCUGGGAGCGGUGGUGCUCAGCACUCCAGCCAUGUUUGAACAGGCCUUCCUGCCCUUCAUGGAGAGCAGGGGCUGGAAGGGGGUGUCUGCAGACCCCAUAGACCAGUGUGUCAAACACUGCAUCAACAACACAGUCUCUGAGUGUUUUCCAGGUGUGAAGGUAGAUGUGAGUUAUGACUAUGAGAUGCUGCCCAGCAGGAAGCCCAAGUUCCUGGCCCAGAGCGCUGCCCAUGUGGCGGGAGCUGUGUACUACUACCAACGCUCCGACAUACCUGACCACCCCUGGGGGGAGAAGAAGAUGUUUGGUGUGUGUAUACACCCGCGUCUGGGGGGCUGGUUUGCUAUCAGAGCUAUGUUAGUGUUUGUUGGGUCUGAGGUGGGUUCGGAGCUGCAGCAGACAGCUCCUCCAGACUGUGUUCCUACCAGGGAGGAUAGGAUACAGCUACUUGAGGACUUUAACCUCAGAUGGCAGGACUGGAGUUACAGAGAUAUCGUCCCCCCAGUCCAAACCUACUCCCAGAAACAGAGAAAAUACUUCUCCACCCCCCCAGCCCAGCGACUAGACCUGCUCACAGACUGGGGCUACCUGACCGGGGGAGAAGAGGACAACACACAGGAGAACUGACAGAUGAUAACAGUGAGAGGAGAUGCUACAGUUAGACUUGGCUGGCUCUGAAGUAACUGACUCUUAAGGGAACGUCUGGUAUGGUUUGAGGCCAUUUUGGACAUGCAAUCCCUACAUGAUCAUUGGUACUGUGGUCUUUCUGUAUUCACAGACAGUGUUCCACUGUGAGAUCGAAUGUACUUUAUCUGCCUUUUGUACUUUAUCUGCCUAUUGGCCUAUGAAGCUACUAUAAUGUUUAGUGUUAGAUGGUAGAGUGAAAAGAGAUCUUUCAUGGAAAAGCAACAAUAGUACGUUUAAAUGUGGUAAAGGACUUAAUAAAUGCACAAACAUUUGCUAUUGUUUUGAUAAUCUUUCAGUUGUACUGUGAAAUGAUCACGUUGAACAAUUGUACUGUACAUUUAGUGAGUUAGUGCCCCUAGAGGAGACAUGAAGUAGUGCAACCUGAGCUUUUGCUCAAGAGACUACUGCUAUCCUUUAUCAUCAAACUAUUAUUUUUAUGAAAAAUAAAUCAUUGUUGGAAUGACACACAUGCAUCAAUUGAAUAAAUAAUGCUCAUUCUG